AUGACCCAUCUUACACGGAAGAAUCUCAACUUCGGGUGUCCAUAUAAUGAUCAAGCCAGCUUAAGCUUAGAGCAUUGUGCAAUUAUUCUUGAAGCCCUUCAAAACCUGCAAUCAAAUACUAUUGUCAUCUCUGGCAUCACACCUGCAGAGUAUGCAGCAGUAUUAGUGUUUACAUCUGAAGAGAGAGAUUUUGAAGUUCAGGCAAAAUUCGCCUAUUUUAAGGACACACAAGAACUUCAAAUCAUGCCUCCCCUCCCUGUCCAUGAACAACCAGCUGCCCACCUUUCCAAGGCCAUCAACAAAUUCAUGGAUGCUCUUCCAUACAACAAACUCUUAGUACAUGUGACCAUACACCUCAACCACCACAUCCAAAACAAGGUCACAACAAAUAUUCCAGAUUUACACCUCAUUGUCAUGAUACAACUGCCAGAGGAUGACAGUUCAGAUGACAUGGAGAUUUCGAAGCCUGUCUCUAAAUGGAUUGAAGAAUGUGGACUUUUGUCAGACUAUGACUUCAUGGUGCAGAAGUUGAGAAUCAUGUGUGAUGGCCAUCACAACAUUGAUCUUGCUCUGAUCAUGUCCUUCAAAGAGCAGGUUAGAUGGCAACAGCCCAAGGAGACGAGUAUUGCCGCUCAAACCCUUUCUUGCUCCCUGCAGACUCUUUACCCAACAGUAGAGAUGUCUGAUGUCAAACACAUGCUGAGGGAUGGUGCCAACAUGUUGAAGGAUUACAUCAUUUCACUGAUGGAAGGGAUGAGUUUAGAGAAGUCUGCAAUCCAGCUUGUGCAUAAAUACAAUCCCUCUUUCGAGCCCAUUUGGGGGGCUGCUGUCAAUCAAAUAUCUUCCGCCAUAUAUCUUACAGCAUACUGCUGUUACUUGGAUUGGUGCAUCUCACAGACUGCCCAAUCCUUGAGCACUGGUGAUCAGAAUACCACCACCUCCAUCUCAUCUGAUCCUACUACAUUGGCCUCCUUGUCUGAUCCUACAGGCGCUUCGGUCGUGCAUCGGCGCAUGCAUCCUCGGUUCUGUUGUUUGUCCUCCGUCCAUCCAUUCCAUGUCCAUUUGCUCGCUUUAGCGCUUGACAGCACUUAA